GCCAAUGUCAGGCGUCGGGGAAAUUUUGAAAGCGGUUGGUGAUUUUGGGCCGUUCCAGAAACGGCUGGUGCUGCUCUCCGUCAUUCCCUGCCUCAGCGUGGCUUUCCACCAGUUUUGCCAGCUUUUCAUGGUCCCCCAUGUGCCUCAUCACUGCGACACCAGCUGGAUCCGUGCCGUGGGCCCCAACCUGACCGAGGAAGAGCAGCUCAACCUCACCCUGCCCCGGGACGCGGAGGGGUCCUUCGAGCAGUGCUCCAUGUACUCACCGGUGGACUGGGACCUGGACUCCAUCGUGACCUACGGCCUGAACACCACGGAGAAAUGCAGCAGUGGCUGGGUGUACCCCUCAGCAGAACCACCAUCCCUGCUGACCGAGUUCGACCUAGUAUGUGACAGGAAGGAGCUGCACGACAUCGCCCAGUCGGUCUACAUGCUGGGUCUGUUCCUUGGAUCCAUGAUCUUUGGGCCACUAAGUGACAGGAUCGGCCGCCGGCCCAUCAUUCUGAUCUCCGUCUUCCUCCAGGGUUUGUUUGGUGUAGGGAUUGCCUUGGUGCCCCAUUUCUACGUGUACAUGGCCUUCAGGUGUGUCGUGGGGGCUUCGGUGUCAGGGAUCACCAUGACGAUACUGGCCUUGGCUACAGAAUGGAUUGGUGUCUCCUCCCGGCCGAAGGCGGUGCUUACUUCUCACUGCUGUUUUGCCAUUGGGCAGAUGAUUUUGGCUGGUUUGAGUUAUGGUAUUCGCAACUGGAGGCUGCUGCAGAUUGCAGGAUCUGCUCCUAUAUUUGCCUUUUUCUUCUCCAUCCAGUCUUCAAAUGCGGUGCUUGAACCUAAAUGGCAACCUCUUACCAUGCCCACUGGGGAUGGCUUGGGGAUGGACCGUGGAGGGCUCCAGCUCCAGCUGCCUUGUACCAGAGACCAGCUGAAGCCUGAGACACAGACCAAGUCUGGAAGUACUCUGGAUCUCUUUCGGAAGAAGCACCUCCGGAAUGUGACAUUAAUUAUGUCGUGUGCCUGGUUUGUGAACAGUCUUGUCUACUACGGGUUGAGUCUGAACGUGACAAAUUUUGGUCUGGACAUCUACCUGACACAGCUUGCCUUUGGAGCAGUGGAAAUCCCAGCCCGUGUUGGUUGUAUCUUCUUGUUGCAGUGGUUCGGGAGGAAGAAAACCCAGGUUGUUCUCCUGGUGCUGAGUGGCCUGGUGUGUUUGAUCAUCACUGGCAUCCCUGAAGACCAGCCUGUAGUGACCACCGUCCUGGCCACCAUUGGCAAAUUUACUGCCUCGGCCUCCUUCUCCACCUCCUAUGUCUACGCCGCAGAGCUCUUCCCCACUGUCAUCAGGCAGACCGGUGUGGGGCUGUGCUCCAUGUCGGCCCGGGUGGCGGGGAUCGUGGCCCCACUGAUCCGCCUCCUGAGCGAGUACCACCGGGCCAUCCCCAUGGCCAUCUUCGGGAGUACCCCUGUGGUGGGAGGGCUGCUCUGCAUCCUGCUGCCUGAGACCAGUGGCACCGACCUGGCAGAUGAAACAAGGGAUGGCUGCUCUCCAGCUGAGAUGACUUUCUUCUCACAGAAGUUACAUGGUGGUGGUGUUCCAGCUUUGACUGUGUACAGCUCAAAAACUGUUUUCUGGUAA